CGCAUGCGCUAUUAUUUCUCCUCUCAAAAUCGCUCGCUCUUACAACCGAAGUUACAAAACCGAAGAGGUAAAACAAAACCCUAAUCUCUCUCAAACACAGAUUCAUCUUCACAAUCGCUCUACCUUCCCCGAUUCAAUCAAGAACCCAAGCUGCGCGUUUCGUUAUCGAUGAUAGUGAAGAGGGGUUCCACCGCGGAUAUGGUUGCCGAAGCAGAGAUUUUGUGCCAGCAGAGCGUUUCGGUUCAGUACCUCUGCGUUUCCAAGCCCGUCGACAACGACUUGGAGCUGUUCGACGUUCAGCCUGAGCCCAUUUCCACGCCGCCGAUCGAAGUCGAGGCCGUCGCCAUCGAUAUUUCUCGCUCUGAGUCGGCUGUGACGUGCUCAACCAGUAUACAAACGACCUUAAUAGACUCAUCAAGAAAUACAAAUUUUCUUCCAAGCAUUCGUUCGGGUAGCUACACUGACAUUGGAGCGCGACGAUCGAAUGAGGAUGAGCAUAUUCGAAUCGAUGAUCUAUCUGCCCAUUUGGGUCCUUUAUAUAGGUGGCCUCUGCCAUGUUCAUUUUAUGCUGUCUUUGAUGGUCAUGGAGGAUCUGCAGCAUCUGGUUAUGUUAAGGACAAUGCAUUGAGGUUCUUUUUUGGAGAUGCUGAUUUGCCGCAAGCAUCUGUAGUUGAUAAAGCAUUCUUGGAAGAGUUGGGGCGUUCUCAUCAUAGGGCAUUUUUACUUGCUGAUCAAGCCUUGGCUGAUGACUGUAGCAUUGAUGCUUCAUGUGGAACAACGGCUAUAACGGCUCUGAUUCUGGGUAAGUAUCUUGUCAUUGCAAAUGCUGGUGAUUGCCGGGCUGUCCUUUGUAGGAAAGGAAAUGCAGUCCAGAUCUCUCAUGAUCACAGACCUUCAUGUCAAUUUGAAAGGAAAAGAGUUGAGGCCCUGGGUGGUCUUAUAGAGUAUGGAUACCUAAACGGUGAAAUUUCUGUCACUCGUGCCCUUGGUGACUGGUCUAUGAAGCUUCCGUAUGGAUCAGCCUCCCCUCUUACUGCUGAGCCAGAAAUUCACCAAGUUCCGUUGACAGAAGAUGAUGAGUUUUUGAUAAUUGGUUGUGAUGGGGUUUGGGAUGUGAUGUCAAACCAGGAUGCUGUUAGCAUUGUCCGCCAAGAGCUUAGGAUGCAUAAUGACCCUCAGGAAUGUGCUAAGGAACUCGUAAAUCAGGCCUUGUUGCGAGAAAAGAAUGACAACCUCACCGCCAUUGUUAUCUGCUUCACUGCCCCUCCCGUUCCCUCACGCAGACCAAAACUACGAUGCCUCACAUUGUCUGAAGAGGCCCGCAACAGGUUGCGGAGCUUUGUACAAGGCAACUGAUUGUUACGUAAGCAAUUCUCAUGCCUUGAAGCCCAGAGAGAGAGAGAGAGAGACAUUGUACACAAUAGAGGGUUAUGUUCAUUCUUAGGAUUUUUAAAUCUGUUUGAGGUUGCUUCAGAUGAUGAGAAAAAGCAACAUGAAAUUUUGUAGGGUUAGAGUUAUCUAGAGGCGGAUAUAUAAUAUAUAGACAAUGAUGAGGGUAUAUUCAUGUUUUUGGUAGAGUUUUCUGUCAGUAACUGAUUUAAUACAUAACAAAUUGACUAUUCUAUAGAUUGUAUUG